AUGGAUCCAGCAAGUGCCACUCUCACUGCCGUGAGCUUACUUGUAGCCUUCAAAGGCGCAGUAGAUAGCUAUGUAAUGUUGACAGACAUCUUCGCCUCGGACCCCGGCCUCAAUUACCAGGCUCUACUGUACAACAUCGAGCAGAUCAUACUCCAGACUUGGGGCGAGAGAAUGAAGAUUGCCGACACAAAAGAGUGCCUCAUAAACAACGAGCCGCCUCUCAUUCAAGACGCCGUUGGGAAGAUUAUGGCCGAGAUCUCCACUACUCUUGAUGCAGCGGGCGAAUGGAUCUCUAAAAAGUACUCGAUCGAUCCUCCUGAUCCAAACAAGACGCAAAUGAGUACCGCAACCAAUGACUUCAAUACCAACAGCCCAUGGAUCGCGAAACUAAAGGAACAGCAACACAAGUUGAAAAAGUUGCAACGAUUUAGCUGGGUUGCGAAAGACAAGAAGCACUUUGAGGAAAUCAACCAGAAACUCGCAACUCUAAACCAGAAGCUCCAUUGUCUUGUGGGUGCCUGCGAUGAGACGAGGCUAGUGACGGCUAUCAGCGACAAGUUGGAUUCCCGUUUGUCUCUGGCGACUCUAUCGAGCGGAGGCAACCAAGCAUCAUCCACGUUACUCGGUCUGGUCAGCCGUCUUCAAUCAAUCCAGGAGGAGGACGUUGAGGCAGCAUCAGCUCGAGUCAAGAGUAUCCCCGCAGAAUGCAUCCAGCAUCUAGACACCGAGAACCAGAGAAAGGAUAUCCAACGAACACUCGCCAGCUACCAAUCCACUACUUCACUACCUGAGACAGUCCUCCUAGAAUGGAAAUACAUUGAAGCGUGGAAUAAGGAACAGUCUCAACUUAUCAAACGGAUCCGAGCCUUGGGUGCUCUUUUGAGUACCGGAAAUGCUCAAAACUUUCACAGGCUCGACUGUCUAGGUAUCUUUGACGAUUUAGACCACGAGAAACAGUUUAAUGGGUCACGACGUAUUGCACUGGUCUAUAAACUUCCGCGAUCCCGCACGCUUCCACAGAAACCUCCGAGUCUACUGGAUAUUCUCAAACUCGCAAAAAAGGAUCGAACUCGUCCACCAUUAGGACAAAGAUUUGAGCUGGCUUACCAACUUGCCUCUGCCAUAUCUCUGUUCCAUGCAGCAAAGUGGAUUCACAAGUCCUUCAGCAGCGACUGCGUUGUGUUCCCAGGUGCAGCGAAUUCCAUUACGGACCCUGCUAUCGUUGGAUUCCAGUACAGCCGUCCAGCGAAGGAUGAAUCUCUUGAGAAGACGUCGGGACUCGUGCGUUCCGAGCUCCAGUUAUACAUCCAUCCCAGCGUUGAGUCAGGGUGGACCAAAGCCAAAGAGAUAUAUAGCUUAGGUAUUGUCCUCCUUGAAAUCGCAUACUGGAGGCCUAUUUUUGAAGACAAUUAUCGCAAGAUGGUGGCGUUAGACGUGGUGAUGGCUCUAAAAGGUGAGGUAUGUGGUAAGUUUGGCCAGGACCUUGAAGGCACGGUGGGAGAAACUCUUAUGAGCGCUGUGCGAUGGUGUCUAUCCUGCCCUGAUGAUUAUAGAGGGCCAUAUGCCGAGGCAGGGCUGUCGACCUUGUUCUUCCAGAAUGUGGUAGAGCCACUGUCGACGCUCAAGGCAUGA